AUGAUAUUCAAUACAAUAACAAAUAACAAUAAUAAUUGCUUUGUUUUGGGAGGUUUUUCUCUAUUUCCUCCUUCCAUUUCAUAUGCUCCGAGUUUCUUGUUUAGAAAAUCAAUAUUAUAUGAUGUGAGUCCGAAUGUUGGAUUUGAAGAAUGGACAGGAUAUACAAUAGAAGCUCUAGGUGAUUUUACCAAUCAAAAAACAACAGACUUAAUAACAGUUUCAUCCGAUAGAAAGGCCAUUCAAAUACUAGUUUGGAAUACAUACAAGUGGAAAUUUGUAAAUCAUACACAAUUUGAUUACCGAUUGUCGAAUUUAAUUGAUGAAAAUGUGGAAAUUGUGAGUCUGGUAGCUUCCGAUUUUAAUUAUGAUGGUGCUCUGGAUUUGUUGGUUACUUUGAUGGAUCCGAGUAGUAGUGAACAACUUUACACACACCAUUUCUUAUUGGGUGAUUUUAAGAGUCUUCGUGAUGGUGGAUUCUUGUCAUCGAAAACAACCGAUCAAAUAAGUGUAGUUGAUGUGAAUGGAGAUUUGCUUCCUGACUUAUUUUCUACUGAUGCAUCAACAGGAAAACGAACAUUUUGGAUUAAUGAUAAUGUAGAAUACAAGUCGAAUGUGCUCAAUUAUACUCAAAUUGACCAGGAGAGUUUUACAGAGACUGAAAAUUUGAAUCCUCUUGCCUUUCCAAUGGCAGUAAUUAAUGUUGAUAUUGAUGGAGAUUGUGGAUCCGAUUUAAUCAUUAUGAGUUGUUCACACGCAUCGAGUAAUACCACUUGUGAUUCACCUCAUUUGGAAAUUUGGAUUAAUGAAAUGGGAAAACUCAAGCUCAAUACUACAAUCAAUCUUCCAAAGGGUGCCGGAAGACCUGUGAUUUUGGACUUUGAUCAUGAUGGAGAUAUGGACAUUUUGUAUCCUGUUUGUUAUCCUUUGGAUACUUGUGAGGAAACAAAUGAGCUUCAUGUCAUCUUUAAUGACCAGCUACCACUCUGCACCGGCAUUACUAUUGAUGACACCAAUUGUCGACAAGAUACUGACCUCUGUAGGCAGAGUUCAUUCUCACUUUCAAAGAGAGCUGUUAUUGAAUUGCCCGACUCUAGAAAGAGAAUAUUGCACCACCUUGAUAGUACUAAAUUCCACUCAAGACCAGCUACCCUCAGAGUUGGAGAUUUUAACCUUGAUGGUUAUCCAGAUCUUGUUGUCAGUGUUGUCAAUACCAAGGAUGAUCACCAAGAGGUUGGAAUUGAAUUGUGGCAAAAUGUUGAAUGUCCAGAAGCAAGUUCUUCAGAAAAUCAAUUAUUCAAUUGUACCCACACAAGUACUUCCAGAACUUUCCAAGUUGUCUCUCAACAUGUUGAUGCCCUCAAUGAGGCAUCCAUUGCAAAAGUGCCACCCAAAACAAAAAUGAAUGAAAUGCCCAAGUUGGAUGCCUUCUUUUUGGAUAUUGAUGAAACAGGAGUAUUGGAUAUUAUUACAAUUUAUCACGAUGAACAUCUUUACAAUAGAACUUUGGGAGCUUUCUUUAAUUGCUUCUUCAAUGACGCCUACUUUUUAAAAACCAUCUCAACCAAUGGUGUUACCUCUAAAGAUGGUACAUAUUAUUAUGGUGUCAAUGCUCCAGGUGUUACUAUCAAAUUUACCUCCACAAAAUUAGAUGGAACAAAACAAGCUAACAUGCAAUCACUCAUCUCUCAAACUAAUUAUCUAGCUCUGGAAACGCCUUACAAAUUAUUUGGAUUGGGAAGAACUAAUGGCUAUGUAGAGGAAUUCUUUGUUGGUAAGGCACAUGCCACUAAGGACAGCUCAACCAAUUACAAAUCAUUUAGUGCCAUUAUUCCAAACUCUCAAUUGGUCACUCUCAACACACCACCUAAUAAGCCCGAUUCUUGGGAUGUUCAACUCUUUGUGAAUCCAUCAGGAGCUAGUUUGUGGGUAAUUAUUGCUGAAAUUGUAUCUCUCAUCUUGUUGGCCAUACCAAUUCUGAUUUUAUGGUUCCGAGAACAUAGAGAAGAUAAGAGAGAAAAGGAGGAAGUGAGUAGGGAAAUUAGCUCUGUGUUUAUUUAA